AAAGACUUGGAUUUCCUGCCAAAGACAAAGCCGAUUGUUAUUAUUGGUGUCGGCUACAUACAAAUCCAAAUAAGCCGUCGCUACAAUAUGCCACGCUCGAUGUUCGUCAGUGAUCCGGAAUCUGUGCUCUAUAGCAGCGAUAAAGUGAACAGCAAAAAACAGACGGCUACGGUGGCCGGCUUGAUGUCAGACAGGGACGCCGCGAAAUGUGACUUGGUUGGCCCGGUUGCGAUCCGAUUGAAACAGCGAAUCCGGCAGCGCAUCAGGAAUGCAUACUCUAUUCACGAGGUGUUCGAACUUAGGAUCAAUCGCACUGAAAGCAAAGCUGACAAGGUUUGUUCAUUAGUCUGUGAAACCAGUGAAACUUACGUGGCGUGA